AUGAGCGGCCCUAUCAUUGCAAAGAUUCAUACGGGCGAAAAACCAUACGUCUGCGACCAUGAGGGGUGCCAGAAAGCCUUCUCAGAUUCCUCUAGUCUAGCCCGCCAUCGAAGAAUCCAUGCUGAGAAACGACUAUGCAUCUGCCAAGAAGAAACCUGCGGGCUAAGUUUCUCUCAUAAAGCUGCCCUCACGAAACGCCAACGCGGCUUCCAGUCUCCGGGAUGUUUCAUUCAACCACCGUCAAAAGACUCGACGUUGGAACGUUACAAUCAAGACGAGACUUCUGCAGCCGUGUCAAUUCAUAAUACGCAAGACCAGAACUCCUUCGCACUGCAGCCCUUCUAUCCACAAUCAGCGUCGCCCAGCCACGAGCUCUGCUCCAUACAUGGCGUUUCGGUGGGCUCAGUGCACGUGCAUGAGGGUUCUUCUGCAAGCGUAGCACAGAGUGUGCCCUUAUUUUCGGCGACGAACAUGCAGUAUGUCUGGCAACUUUUCCCUCAGCCACACCACGAGAUGCCCGCAGCCAUGUCAAUCCCCAAUGCGCAAGACCAAAACUCCAUCGCACUGGAGCCCUUCUACCCACAAUCAGCGUCGCCCAGCCACGAGCUCUGCUCCAUACAUGGCGUUUCGAUGGGCUCAGUGCACGUGCACGAGGGUUCUCCUGCAAGCGUAGCACAGAGUGUGCCCUUAUUUUCGGCGACGAACCUGUAG